AUGAGCAAAGUCCAGCUAGACGACCUCACUCCCAACAACUUGGGCAUGCUCAAACGCAUCAACUCGGUCGUCCUGCCCACGUCGUACACCGACUCCUUCUACACCGAGGCCCUGACGGUGGGCCAGCUGGCCAAACUUGCCUACUACAACGAGAUCCCCGUUGGAGCGAUCCGAUGCUGCCUCGAGGUGGCCCCCGAACACACCAAGCCGUCGCGAAUCUACAUCAUGACCAUCGCCGUGCUGUCACCUUACCGGGAAAACGGCAUUGGAGGCAUGCUGCUGGAUCACAUUGAGCGGUACGCGGCCGAGACCUUUGUUCCGGAAUUGAGCGUCCAUGCUCUGACCGACGACACGGAGGUGAUUGAGUGGUACAAGAAGCGAGGCUUUGAGAUUGUCGACGAGGUCAAGGGUUACUACAAGCGCCUGACCCCGGCCAAGGAUGCCUAUCUCAUGGUCAAGAAGCUGAAGAAGGACCAGUAG